AUAUUCCUCAGAGGAAAAGGCUGCCCCAGACAGUGUUGAAGUUUUCAGAGACCCGAUCAGCUGUUGAGAGGUUCGUGCUCAAGGCUGAGGACCCAAACCGCUUGCCAAGAUGUGUAAGGGACUGGCAGCUCUGCCACACUCCUGCCUGGAAAGGGCCAAGGAGAUCAAGUUUAAGUUGGGGACACUUCUUCAGAAGCCAGACUCUGCCGUUGACCUUGUCAUUCCAUAUAAUGAGAAGCCGGAGAAGCCUGCCAAGACCCACAAGCCCUCGCUGGAAGAGGCCCUGCAGUGGCGCCAUUCCCUGGACAAGCUUCUCCAGAGCAACUAUGGACUUGCCACCUUCAAAAGCUUCCUGAAGUCUGAGUUCAGCGAGGAAAACCUUGAGUUCUGGAUUGCCUGUGAGAAUUACAAGAAGAUCAAGUCCCCAGUCAAAAGGGCCGAGAAGGCAAAGCAAAUUUAUGAAGAAUUCAUCCAGACAGAGGCCCCUAAAGAGGUGAACAUCGACCACUUCACUAAGACCAUCACCGUGAACAACCUGGUGAAACCUUCCCCGAGAAGCUUUGACCUGGCCCAGAAAAGAAUCCAUGCCCUGAUGGAGAAGGAUUCGCUGCCCCGCUUUGUGCGCUCUGGGUUUUACGCGGAGUUAAUCAAGUAGUAAUCUGGUCAGGCUCCAGAAGUCACCCCUUGAGUGGAGUUACAUCUUCUGCAGCAACACAGCAUCCCCCGGGCUUUCUCCUUAGCUUUCUCCAUAGCAGCUUUGCUCUAAGAUACCCAAACAAAGGCAAACCCCAAGCUGUGUUGCUGACUCUUUUGCUCAUGGUGGUUUGGGUGUGCGAAUCUGUCCUCUAAGGCCCUUCACUUCCAUUUCUUCUUUCUGACUGCUUUGUAUUGCAGGUAUACCAGAUUUGGGUCAGUCUAAGUCACAGAAAAAAAAAAUCCUGUUUAACAUAAAGCUAUCUGCAAAAAGAAUGGGUGAUAGAUUUGUUCUUUUAACUGCGCUGAAAAGAAAGACAGAGGCAAGGGUCUCCUUUCACAGGGAUUUCGCUGGUCUUGUUUAUUGUUUUAAUUCUCAUCCUCUAAUGAUUUCAGGAUUUUGUUAGUUAAAAAGCAGUAAGCUGUUUAUAAGGCAGCCACCUUUGAGUUUUUAAGCAAAUACAUCAUUUAACAUCACUGACUUCUUUCUACAGUACCAUUGUGUUAGUCGGGCAUUCUCAGUAAGAGAUACAAUGCAUACUUUGUGCUUUACAAAAUCAGUCUGAACAGAAUUCAUUUAAGUCCAGCCCUUACGACGCCUCCCAAUCACGACGGAGAGAAAUCAGCCUUGACCCUCUCUCAAACAAUUAGAAAUGAGAAAUACCCCAAAAUUGUGUUGAGCUGUUUCUUGAACAAUGAAAAAAAUAAUAAUUUAUAAUUUAAAUACUUUACUCACAUCACUUGAAACAUCUAAAUGUUUGGAAAUGCCCAAAGAAUGAACUAGCUGUUACACACCCAGAUGGAGUCUGUUCUGGAGGGUGAGGAGGGUGGGAAGGGUGCCUCAAGGGCAGGGCUGUGAGGCAACAAAAGAUUGCAGGAAGUCGUGCUUCUGCAGUCUGCUGGCUGCAUUAGAUAUCCACAUAUCAUCCUUAUCUAUAUUACUUUAAGUUUAAAGCAUAUAUAAACAUAUAUAUUCUUCUAACAUAUAAGACAGUAAAUGGGAGGUAAGUAUUCUGUCUGCAUUAGAUAUCCACAUAUCAUCCUUAUCUAUAUUACUUUAAGUUUAAAGCAUAUAUAAACAUAUAUAUUCUUCUAACAUAUAAGACAGUAAAUGGGAGGUAAGUAUUCUGUCUCCAAAGGAGAAGCCAAAAAAUUGGCCAAAAAAAACAUUUUGGAGAGAAAAACACAUACAUACACACACACACACACACACACACACACACAAUCUAUGUUAGUAGUAGUUUCUAUGGCAACAAGAAGAAAAUACAUUCUUUUAGAUCUGAGGAAUUAGAAAAAGUGGGAUGACCUUUCCAGGAAAAGAAUAUGUAGUGUUUGUUUGGCAUUCCUUCCACCUCCUCCCCCACCGCUCUCCAGUUUCCCUGGAGUAAAUUGCCUGAGAAAGUAUGAAGUGUGAGCCCAGGGGUUCUUGUGUCUCCCUCUUCUAGGAGAACAUAGCAAUGCCUGAAAGUGGAUCUGGGAUGUAGGAAAGUGUUGGGAAAAAAUUGUGGUCAAUGGACAGGAGUAUUUGCUUCUUGUUCUUGAAGGAAGCCUAUGAUUCACCUAGGAAAUGACCCAUAAUCCGGGCUUCUGUCUGAGUUUGAUAUAGUUCUGGGUUGGGGGUCAAAUUAAUCUUUAAAUCAAAUCAGCAAAAAGAAAGACCAUCAAACCCAGAGUACCUCAGGAGGCUGUGUCUCAUGUGUGUCUGUUAGAGCAGGAUUGUUCAUAGAAACAGGUACAUACAUACACAUGUAUACACACACAAACACACACUAUGGCCUAUAUAGAAGGCACAUUUCAAAAGGCAGAACCAAAUGUAUGGAAAUAUUUUAUAUUCUUUUCUCAUAUUCUAUCCACCACCAUACUUUACUGUAUACACUGAACUUUAAGAGAGGCAAAUUUAAUGAAAAUGUUUUUUUUUUCUUUUAUCUCAUUUAAAGACAUGGACUUUGCUUAACUGAUAUGUUUUCAUUGCAUAAAAUCCAUUUCAACGAGAAGAAUUUGAUUAUUUCCUGAAAUGCAAUAGGUAUCCAUUAACAAAUCAAUUGAUCAAGUAAUAAGCACCCCCUUCCAGGGAUUUGCCAAACUAUGCCAUCAUACAAGUGAUGGUUUGAGAAUUUUUUAAGAGGCCAUUCAAUUUGGAGGAAUGACUUUCACUCCUGAAAUUGUAUCUUCUAGCAGGAAUUUCCUUUGCUUCCUGGGAAUUUAGCAGAUUUAGAAGAUAAUGGGACACAGGAAAAAGGGAAUAAAGCAGAAAGGGGAAAUAGCAAAGAAGUAAGUCCUCAGUCCUAGGAUUAGCUCACUGGCUGUAAAACAUGGAGGAACGUCCAGCAUGAAAGACAAUCAAACUGCAUCUUGCUGUCCUCCUGUGAGGUUGCAGAGAGGCUUUUCAUGACUCACAGUGAGGCAGGACAAGGAAGUUCAUCUUAAGAUCCUACAGGAAAUGGACUACAGAAAAGGGCAACUAUGGAGGGCUUCUUUCCCAUUAGACUGUGGGUGCCAGAAAGCAGGGAGUGGAGGGUUCAGUUUGGAGCAUCCAAGCAGCCAAACCCCAGGGCUAGCGAACUCUGGACAGGUUUGGGAUAUAAGGUCUUGGUGUACAGGCUCUCCAGCGUCGAGUCUCCAUUCUAUGUGCAUUCUAGCAUCCGUUUAACAUUCUCAGCCCAAAGCCCUGUGGUCAACAACUUAAGAGCUACUUCUAGUGUUUAACACGUUUCCUGUGAAAUAAGUCCUGUGGCUAAUGAAAGCAAUCUACAAUAAUAAUAGUAAUAAAGCUUUCUGUAGCUUCAGUAAGCCAUGCUGGAACUGAAAAGUUUGGCUCUCCCCACUGAGGAGAUACCUGGGCUCUAAAUGAAUGAUUACAGCAGAGAAUGAUGAAUACGGCACACAGGCAAAAGCUUUGGAGUUUUAUCCUCCGUUCACUGUUCAAUAACCACGUGCAUCAAACAGAGAAGCUAUGUAACCAUCUUCCUCAUAAUCCAGUUUAACAUGCUUCCUGCAAGUUACCUGUUCCCUCUUUAGAUAUGCUUUUUUCAUCUUCCCUCACUUCCCCUGCUCUCCUCUCUCUCUGAAACACAAUGUCUCACCAUACUUAGCUAAUAACAAAUAUGUUUAAGAGCACUUAAGUUCCUACCCAAGAAGAGGUACAGGCAAAAAGCAUAGACAAGAUAAAGGGAAAUGCCGAGAAACAUGGCACAGGAGGCGAAUAAUGUUUGCCAAACAUCCUACGUCAUGAAGUCAUUGUUGAUUCAAGGGAUUUACAGCUUUGUUUUUUGUUUUUUAAUUCUGCAACUUGGGAAGUCAUUUUUUUGUUUUUGUUUUUGUUUUUUUUUUUUAGGGUAGAAUGGAAUGGAAAUGAGAGGUUUAUUAAGUCCUGUGCCAGCACUUUUCUCCUAAGUUUUAAAUUCUGAACCAGUUGUGUUUGUUUCCUGCUUAUUGUAUCCAAUACUUUGUGUAGCAUGUAAUUCACUCUUACUGCUAAUAAAAUAAAUAUUAGCCUAUAACAGAAACCACAGUUUAUAUUAAAUAUAUACCUACGUAACAA